UUCCCCCACCGAUCCAACCGCAAAGCAGAGCACAACUAGCCGUUGCCCAACCAACACUCUGCUUCCUUCCUUCUCCCCCGUCGCCGCGCCGCACACAUCGCCCGUCCUCUGACCCCGAUGGACUCCGCCGCGGCGUCCUCCCUCGUCGUCAGCCCCGCCUCCGACGACCGCUUCUGGGACGGCCUGCGCAACCGCGUCGACACCAUCCUCGAGGACCGCCGCCUCGUCGCCUCCGCCGCGUCCACGUGCGCGGUGGCGUCCGGGCGCCCCAAGCGGCUCCGGGAGGACUCGCUGAUGCUGGUCCGCGGCCUCGACUCCGUCGCCGCGUCGCUCGCGCAGCUCUCCGACACCCUCACCGCCGCCCAGAAGGGCGUGAACGCUCUGGCGACGUGCUCGUCCCAGGCAAGGGAGCGCGAGAGCGGGGAGGAGGAGCCCGAGCCGAAGCGGCACUGCGGCGGCGCCUCGACCCUGGACGCCCAGAAAGUCGCCGACCAAGCUUUGGGCAACGCGGACGCGAAGCCCAACGGCGACGUCGUGCUGGCCUCCGCCGAGGUCGCGCAGAGCACCAACCUGAAGCGGGCGCGCAGUCUGGCGGUGUCGAUGGCGGGCAGGGCGGCGAACCUGGCGCGGGAGCUGACGACCAUCAAGUCGGAGCUGCGGUUCAUGCAGGAGCGGUGCGGCCUGCUGGAGGAGGAGAACAAGCGGCUCCGCGACGGCUACGACGGCGGCGGCGCCGCCGCCCCCGAGGAAGACGACCUGGUCCGGCUGCAGCUGGAGGCGCUGCUGGCGGAGAAGUCGCGGCUGGCGCAGGAGAACGCGAACCUGGCCCGGGAGAACCAGAGCCUGGUGCAGCUGGUGGAGUACCACCAGCUCACCGCGCAGGAGGAAGAAGAAGAGUUGGAGGACCACCUCCUCACCGCCUCCUACGAGGAGGCCAUCAUGCAGGGGAUGCGGCUCGACUUCUCGUCGCCGCUCGGCAAGUUCGACGGCGAGUUCGACGGGGUUCCGGCGACCCCCGGCAGCAAGCUCGGUGUGCCUGAUGAGUAGCCAGAUGCCGGGAGGAGAAUGAGCUGGGUGGUGGUGCGUGCUUCAGUUUGAGCACUCUCUCCGGUGGCCAGAUUUGGUGCUUAUUAUCUUAGAUGUUGCUUCUUCAUUCUUAUUUAUUCAGAGGCUCUUCAUAACCGCCUCAGAUAGUAGAAACUACUGUGUUGUAACUGCACAGAUUAUUAGCAUGCUCCAAUGAGCUCUGAAUCUUGUUAUCACAGUGCAAUCCUUGGGUGGUUCUGAAGAGAUGAUCUCCGGGACUUAAUUCUGUCUGUGUUCUCUAUUCAGACUGUGUUCCGCUCUGAAGUCUGUGUAACCUGGAUGAUUCUGACGGAAUGAAGUCACAGAUUCUGUUAA